GAUUGGGCCGCCGGCGAAGACGGAAGCGGCCGUGGGAGCCUAGCGGCGGCUUCUGCAAGCCGGCACGAUGUGGUGCGCGGGCGGCCGCGCCGGGCUGUCGGGGCCGAAGCUGCUGGGGCUGCGGCUGUGGCCGCUGCUGGGGCUGCUGGUGCUGCUGGGGCUGCCGGGCCGGGGCGCCGCCAAGACGGGCGCGGGCUUCGUGACUUGCGGGUCGGUGCUGAAGCUGUUCAACACGCACCACAGAGUGCGCCUGCACUCGCACGACAUCAAAUACGGAUCCGGCAGUGGCCAGCAGUCGGUGACCGGUGUAGAGGCUUCGGACGACGCCAACAGCUACUGGCGGAUCCGAGGCGGCGCGGACGGCGGCUGCCCACGCGGGGCCCCGGUGCGCUGCGGGCAGGCGGUGCGGCUCACACACGUGCUCACAGGCAAGAACCUGCACACGCACCACUUCCCGUCACCGCUGUCCAACAACCAGGAAGUGAGCGCCUUUGGGGAGGCCGGUGAGGGCGAUGAGCUGGACCUGUGGACCGUGAGGUGCUCUGGAGAGCACUGGGAGCGGGGCUCCGCUGUGCGCUUCCAGCAUGUGGGCACCUCUGUGUUCCUGUCGGUCACCGGCGAGCAGUACGGGAACCCCAUUCGCGGGCAACUCGAGGUGCAUGGCAUGACCAGCGCUAACACACACAACACCUGGAAGGCCAUGGAAGGCAUCUUCAUCAAGCCUGGACCUGAGCCCUCUGGUGGUCACGACGAACUCUGAGCAGCGGUGGGUGGGGUGGGAUGGCUGGC